AUGCCGACGAUCACCGAUGUGAAGCUGGACUUCAAGGAUGUGAUGAUUCGACCGAAAAGAAGCACCCUUGCCUCGAGAGCCGAUGUCGAUUUGAAUAGAGAGUACACGUUCAAAAACUCGAAGAAGACCUAUUCGGGCAUUCCAGUGAUUUCGUCGAAUAUGGACACGACGGGAACUUUCGAGAUGGCGGACGCUUUGAGCAAGAAUCGAGUCUUCACCACAAUUCACAAACAUUAUUCGAUCGAUCAAUGGAAGGAUUAUGCUUCAAAAUGCGACAAAGAGGCCUUCAAUCAUAUCGCUGUAUCGACGGGAAUCUCUGAGAAUGAUUUCAACAAGCUUCGUACGGUGAUCAAAGAAGUGCCUGAGUUGGGGUACAUUUGUGUGGACGUGGCAAAUGGAUAUGCGCAAAGCUUCGUUGAUUUCAUUCGAAAAGUUCGAGAGGAGUUUCCAAAUCACACAAUGAUGGCCGGAAAUGUGGUGACUGGAGAGAUGGUUGAAGAGCUCAUUUUGACUGGAGCUGAUGUUGUCAAGGUCGGAAUUGGCCCGGGAUCCGUUUGCACGACGCGCAAGAAGGCCGGUGUCGGCUAUCCUCAAUUGUCGGCUGUUUUGGAGUGUGCAGAUGCGGCUCAUGGAUUGAAUGGGCAUGUCAUCUCGGAUGGUGGAUGCACGAAUCCCGGUGAUGUGGCUAAAGCUUUCGGAGCUGGCGCGGAUUUUGUGAUGUUGGGUGGAAUGUUUGCCGGGCAUGAUCAAAGUGGUGGAGAGCUCAUUGAAAUCAAUGGACGCCAGUACAAGAUGUUCUACGGAAUGUCAUCGGAUACGGCGAUGAAGAAAUAUCAUGGAGCCGUGGCCGAGUACCGAGCUAGCGAGGGGAAAACCGUGCAGAUGCCUUAUCGAGGUGACGUGAUGAACACGGUGCAGGAUAUUUUGGGUGGAAUUCGCUCGGCUUGCACCUACACUGGAGCCAAAACUUUAAAGGAGCUCUCGAAACGCACGACUUUUGUCCGUUGCACCCAGCAGACCAACGAGAUGUACACCCAAUUCGAACAGAAA